AUGUCUGGCCUCACUAAGUAUCUUCCUGGCGCAACCAACCUGCUGUCCAAGUCGGGUGAAGUUUCACUGGGAUCCCUCGUUGGGAAAACUGUGUUUCUUUACUUUUCUGCCUCCUGGUGCCCCCCAUGCCGGGGUUUUACACCGGUCCUCGCCGAGUUCUACGAGAAGCAUCAUGUGGCGAAAAACUUCGAAGUCGUGCUGAUUUCCUGGGAUGAAAACGAGAGCGACUUCCAUGAUUACUACGGCAAGAUGCCAUGGCUCGCUCUCCCAUUUGACCAACGCUCGACAGUUUCGGAAUUGGGCAAGACAUUUGGCGUGGAAUCCAUUCCGACUCUUAUCACAAUCAAUGCUGAUACCGGUGCCAUCAUUGGCACUCAGGCCCGUACCCGUGUCAUUGAGGAUCCCGAUGGUGCCAACUUUCCGUGGCCCAACUGA